GCAAGCUUACGAUACAUAUUAUUAGUUGUUAGUAAUCUUUGUUUGCAUUUUUAGCUAAUUACCAGAAAGAAACAAAAAUGUCUUAGUAUCCAGAUCAUGGUCUUUAAAAACAAGUAAAAUAUGUUUUUGUCGAUUUUAACGUAACUCAGAAAUGCUUAUAAAGUUUUAUAUAAAUGAUGCAAUGUAAAUAUAUGCCCAACCGUUUAUGAUCGCCGCGUUUUUCAGAUUUUCCGCAAGUGCAAAAUGCAAUUAAAAGUUGUAUGCAUUUAUUGGCACAAGGGUCAACAACCAAAUCCGUAAGUAAAUAUCCGAUUGAACUACAAAUAAGAGCCGAUUCGCCACUUACCUAUAAAAGCUGCACCCUUUUGAGGGCAUCCAACCAGUACAGCCAGAAUGGGAUCUUCCUCCGCUUGGCUAGUCCUCAUCCUUGGGCUCGGGCUCACUGGCGCCUUGGAAUAUAAUAUCCAAACUAAUGGCAGCAAACUCCUGACUGUUCUCAAUGCAUCGGCUCCAGUACAAGAGUUGCUAUACCACAUCGAUGUCUGGCGAAAUGAGGCCGCUUCUGUUACCGUGGAAUCACCUGCUUCUUCCAACCUGGAGUCAGUCAUUCGCUCUGAAGUCGGAGGAGAUUGGGAGCGGGGCAAGCUCGUCCUUCAAUUAGCAAAACAAGCCAGGACCCUGGAGCUUAAGGAGGCCAUUUACACGGCUCUCUGGAAGGAGCUCCAGCAGACCAAGCAGAUCUACGAUCCAUCCAAGAUCCUGGAAUUUUACGACCAGCUGUCUCUGCACACAGAUGUUCCAGUGCAGUUGAUGGAACUGGUCUACCGCGCUUUUGUUAACCGCAGUGCCCAGUUGUUGGAGGCUCCGUUUCACACCCGCAGUCGACAUGCAUCUUUUCCAUUGGUACACUCACUCGUACAUCGUCUAACUUUCAGCACUUUGGAUUACCUGAGGGACAUCCUGGAAGUUCUAUAUGAUGCCGUUUUGUCCCUGGAAACGCCAUUGAGUGUGGUCGAAAGGCUGGGCAACUUUACGGCCAGUCUGACUCAGCUGGCUCAGGCUAAUCUUCAAUUACUCAGCAGGGAAGAGCUGAAACGUGGAGAUCCCCAAGUACAACAGGCAUUGCAGAGCAACCUCAGAAAUUUACUGGAACAGCCUGGUUUCGAGCAGGAAGUGGUGCCUUCUUUACAAGCAGAUAUAUACGCCCACCUUCCCAAAGACGAGCAACUGCUGUACACCGCCCGUAAGGUUUGCAUACGCAAUGUGACCGAUGGAAAUUCGUACAUUUACGAGUGUCCGCAGACGUAUUUGAUCUGCAGCAACGCUCGGGCAAAAAAGGCAGCUUAUUUUAUCCAGCGUGGUCACAGCAAUGACAGCCGCCCGCAGUUUGCUUUCUACAGCGCUUUUUGGCGGAAUCGUUACAUACUUAUGGAACCAGCCACCGCUACUGUGAACAAUGCCAGUCACUCCAUCACCAAAAACGUGUACAGCCGGACCAACAUAAACUGGUGGCGAGUGGUGUAUGGAAAUGGCGGGAUCUCCCUGUAUGAUGCGGCCACCGAGAAGUCCGUCCUGUGUGGUGGAGAUCCUUUACACUGGGAUGGCGAGGAACAUCAUGUGUAUACCCGCCAUGCAUCGGAGUUUUCAACUCAUCAGGUGGAGUGCACUUGGAGUCUGGAGGACUGCAGCGAUGCCGCCUAGCUGGAAGAGAAUGGGGAUGAUGCAGCCUCAAUAACUGUAAAUUAUUACUAUGUUUAUUUUGACUAAUAAGGCACAUGAGAAAAUCCAA